AAAUCAUAGUAGGAGUUUGGUCCGUACCGGGUCAAAUAUCCCAAAAGUUUAAUUUUUAAACUUAAACUAUGGUGUCUAUCAAGUUCCUUGCACUCCUGGCAGUGGUGGCCAUAGUGGCAGGGUCUCCCCACCACAAAUCUAUUAAGAAGAAAGUGCCCUACGCCUGGACAGUCAGUUCUUCAGGAAGUUCAGGGGUCACAGCCGGGGCUUCGGCCGCUGGAAAUGCUGGUGCAAAUGCAGUAGCUUUCAGCAGUCUUAGAUUCUUGGCCAAAGGAAUAGCUGAUCGUAACUCAUUGUCCUACAAAGCCUUCAAAUGGAUUGGCGGCAGAACUGCGGUGUCAUCAGUGAAUGAUGCUUUGGAUAUAGUUCUGACGGCAGCCGCUGGAGUCGGUGGUCUCAUCAAUCUAUGGAUUCCUGGACUUGGCAGUCUCUUUUCAUCACUGGUAAUUGCAAGUGCUAGAAUCAGCUACUGUGUGGUUGGACAACCGUCAAGCUCUCACUUCGGACUGGUUCGCGAUGGAAAAGCUAACAUCAACAUCUGCGCUAACGGUAACUACGGAGCCAAAUGGGGCUGGAAGGCGUACGCUGGUGAUUACUCCAAUGCCGCUCUGGUGAUCAAGGGUUACGGCUUAGAGAAUGCUUCGGCUAAGGUCAACCAGUUCCUUGCUGCUAAGGGUGGCAUCCAGGCUUUGGAUGGAUAUGAAAAGAAGAUCGCAAGCGCCAUCGUCGUUGUUGCUAAGCUUUUCGACCGUGAUGUCAAGACCUGGUCAUCACAGGAUGUUAACACCGUAUUCGCAAAAUCGACCGAAGUAUUGGGAUGGCUCGCAAACUCCUACUACCCACGCCUUGGAGGAUACGUUUUAGCUGAUUUCCUCCGCCUUGGUUCUAACAAGAAUGUCGUUAAUGUAGGAUUAGAUCUAUCAAUCUUCCAAGACCAACUGAACCAAAUUUCAUCAUACAAAAUCCAGCAACAGCUUUUAUCUGGCGUGAAGAAGUGUACCGACCAAGACUUCAAUAAAGCAAACGAUGAUGAUGAUGAUGACGAUGACGACGAUUCUGAUGAAAACCAGUCUGACAACGGAACAACCACGAAGACUGUGUCUGCCGGUGGUUCACAAACCAACACCGGAUCAACCAUAGGUUCCACAUCAACCACAGGUUCCGGAUCAACCACAGGUUCCACAUCAACCACGAAGACUGUAACUGAAAAUGGUUCCCAAAUCAACUCCGGAUCAACCAAAACAACCGGAUCAACCACAGGUUCCUCAUCAACGACAGGUUCCUCAUCAACGACAGGUUCCUCAUCAACGACAGGUUCCGGAUCAACCAAAGGUUCCACAUCAUCGACAGGUUCCGGAUCAACCACAGGUUCCACGUCAACCACGAAGACUGUAACUGAAAAUGGUUCCCAAAUCAACUCCGGAUCAACCAAAACAACCGGAUCAACCACAGGUUCCUCAUCAACCACAGGAACUGGAUCAACCAUAGGAACCGGAUCUACCACAGGUUCCGGAUCAACCACAGGUUCCACAUCAACCACGAAGACUGCAACUGAAGGUGGUUUCCAAACCAACACCGGAACAACCAAAACAACCGGAUCAACCACAUCUUCCGGAUCAACCACAGGAACCGGAUCAACCACAGGUUCCGGAUUAACGACAGGUUCCGGUUCCACAUCAACCACGAAGACUGUAACUGAAGGUGGUUCCCAAACCACCUCCGGAUCAACCACGAAGUCCGUAUCUACCACAGGUUCCACAUCAACCACAGGAACCGGAUCAACGACAGGUACCGGAUCAACCACAGGUUCCGGCUCAACCACAAAGUCUGUAACUGAAGGUGGUUCCCAAACCACCUCCGGAUCAACCACUGACUCAGAAUCUCAAACCUACAACUCUAACAACAAUUCUGACAAUGAUUCUGAUAACAACACAGGUAAUGCUGGUCAGAAACACAAAAGAUCUGAUUUAUCUGACGAUGUGAACGGAAACGAUGAUUCCGAUAAGAUCGAAAAGAAGAAGAAAUUGAUCAAUGAUCUGAUUAACAAGGGCAAACAAAAGCAAGGCAAGGCUGGAUCAACCACUGACGUUAGCAAAACCAACUCCGGUUCAUCUACGACUGUUACGGGCUCUGGUUCCACAACCAGCUCCGGAUCAACCACGAGUUCUGGAACAACCACGACUAAAGGAUCAUCUACUAAGACUGUAUCUGAAGGUGGUUCCCAAAUCAGCUCCGGAACUACCACAUCUUCCGGAUCAACCACAGGAACGGGAUCAACCUCAGGUUCCGGCUCAACCACAGGUUCCGGAUCCACAUCAACCACGAAGACUGUAACUGAAGGUGGUUCCGAAACAACCAAAACAACCGGAUCAACCACAUCUUCCGGAUCAACCACAGGAACCGGAUCAACCACAGGAACCGGAUCUAGCACAGGUUCCACAUCAAGCACAGGUUCCGGAUCAACCACAGGUUCCGGUUCUACAUCAACCACGAAGACUGUAACUGAAGGUGGUUCCCAAACCAGCUCCGGAACAACCAAAACAACCGGAUCAACCAUAGGUUCCGGCUCAACCACAGGUUCCUCAUCAACCACAGGUUCCGGAUCAACCACAGGUUCCGGAUCAACCACAGGUUCCGCAUCAGCCACAGGUUCCGGCUCAACCACAGGUUCCGGUUCUACAUCAACCACGAAGACUGUAACAGAAGGUGGUUCCCAAACCAGCUCCGGAACAACCAAAACAACCGGAUCAACCACAGGUUCCGGCUCAACCACAGGUUCCUCAUCAACCACAGGUUCCGGCUCAACGACAGGAACCGGAUCAACCACAGGAACUGGCUCAACCACAUCUUCUGGAUCGACCACAGGUUCCGGAUCAACCACAGGAACCGGUUCUACAUCAACCACGAAGACUGUAACUGAAGGUGGUUCCCAAACAACCAAAACCAGCUCAACCACAGGUUCCGGAUCAACCACAGGUUCCGGCUCAACCACAGGAACCGGAUCAACCUCAAGUACUGGAUCAACAUCUACCACGAAGACUGUAACUGAAAGUGGUUCCGGAUCAACCACAGGUUCCGGCUCAACCAAAUCUUCUGGAUCAACCACAGGAACCGGAUCAACGACAGGAACCGGAUCAACCACAGGAACUGGCUCAACCACAUCUUCUGGAUCGACCACAGGUUCCGGAUCAACCACAGGAACCGGUUCUACAUCAACCACGAAGACUGUAACUGAAGGUGGUUCCCAAACAACCAAAACCAGCUCAACCACAGGUUCCGGAUCAACCACAGGUUCCGGCUCAACCACAGGAACCGGAUCAACCUCAAGUACUGGAUCAACAUCUACCACGAAGACUGUAACUGAAAGUGGUUCCAAAACCGACUCUGGAUCAACCAAAACAACCGGAUCAACCACAGGAACCGGAUCAACCACAGGUUCCGGAUCAACCACAGGAACUGGAUCAACCACAGGAACCGGAUCAACCACAGGUUCCUCAUCAACCACAGGUUCCGCAUCAGCCACAGGUUCCGGCUCAACCACAGGUUCCGGUUCUACAUCAACCACGAAGACUGUAACAGAAGGUGGUUCCCAAACCAGCUCCGGAACAACCAAAACAACCGGAUCAACCACAGGUUCCGGCUCAACCACAGGUUCCUCAUCAACCACAGGUUCCGGCUCAACCACAGGUUCCGGCUCAACCACAGGUUCCUCAUCAACCACAGGUUCCGGCUCAACCACAGGUUCCGGCUCAACCACAGGUUCCGCAUCAGCCACAGGAACCGGAUCUAGCACAGGUUCCGGAUCAACCACAGGAACCGGAUCUACAUCAACCACGAAGACUGUAACUGAAAGUGGUUCUCAAACCAGCUCCGGAACAACCAAAACAACCGGAUCAACCACAGAAACUGGAUCGACCACAGGUUCCGGAUCAACCACUGGUUCCGGAUCAACCACAGGUUCCGGCUCAACCACAUCUUCUGGAUCAACCACAGGAACCGGAUCAACGACAGGUUCCGGAUCAACCACAGGUUCCGGCUCAACCACAGGUUCCGCAUCAGCCACAGGUUCCGGCUCAACCACAGGUUCCGGUUCUACAUCAACCACGAAGACUGUAACAGAAGGUGGUUCCCAAACCAGCUCCGGAACAACCAAAACAACCGGAUCAACCACAGGUUCCGGCUCAACCACAGGUUCCUCAUCAACCACAGGUUCCGGCUCAACCACAGGUUCUGGCUCAACCACAGGUUCCUCAUCAACCACAGGUUCCGGCUCAACCACAGGUUCCGGCUCAACCACAGGUUCCGCAUCAGCCACAGGAACCGGAUCUAGCACAGGUUCCGGAUCAACCACAGGAACCGGAUCUACAUCAACCACGAAGACUGUAACUGAAAGUGGUUCUCAAACCAGCUCCGGAACAACCAAAACAACCGGAUCAACCACAGAAACCGGCUCGACCACAGGUUCCGGAUCAACCACUGGUUCCGGCUCAACUACAGGUUCCGGUUCUACAUCAACCACGAAUACUGUAACUGAAAGUGGUUCGCAAAACGACUCCGGAACAACCAAAACAACCGGAUCAACCACAGGUUCUGGAUCAACCACAUCUUCCGGAUCAACCACAGGUUCCUCAUCAACCACAGGUUCCGGAUCAACCACAGGAACCGGAUCAACCACAGGAACUGGAUCAACCACAGGUUCCUCAUCAACCACAGGUUCUGGAUCAACCACAGGAACCGGAUCAACCACAUCUUCCGGAUCAACCACAGGUUCCGGAUCAACAACAGGUUCCGGCUCAACCACAGGUUCCGCUUCUACAUCAACCACGAAGACUGUAACUGAAGGUGGUUCCCAAACCAGCUCCGGAACAACCAAAACAACCGGAUCAACCACAGGAACCGGAUCAACCUCAGGUUCCGGCUCAACCACAGGUUCCGGAUCAACCACAGGUUCCUCAUCUACAACAGGUUCCGGAUCAACCACAGGUUCCUCAUCAACCACAGGUUCCGGCUCAACCACAGGUUCCUCAUCAACCACAGGUUCCGGAUCAACCACAGGAAGUGGAUCAACCACAGGUUCCGGAUCAACCACAGCAACUGGAUCUACCACAGGUUCCUCAUCUACAACAGGUUCCGGAUCAACCACAGGUUCCUCAUCAACCACAGGUUCCGGCUCAACCACUGGUUCCUCAUCAACCACAGGUUCCGGAUCUACAUCAACCACGAAGACUGUAACUGAAGGUGGUUCCCAAACCAGCUCCGGAACAACCAAAACAACCGGCUCAACCACAUCUUCUGGAUCAACCACAGGUUCCGGCUCAACCACAGGUUCCGGAUCAACCACAGGAACCGGAUCAAGCACAGGAACCGGAUCAAGCACAGGAACCGGAUCAGCCACAGGAACCGGAUCUACAUCAACCACGAAGACUGUAACUGAAGGUGGUUCCCAAACCAGCUCCGGAACAACCAAAACAACCGGAUCAACCACAUCUUCUGGAUCAACCACAGGUUCCGGCUCAACCACAGGAACCGGAUCUAGCACAGGAACCGGAUCAAGCACAGGAACCGGAUCAGCCACAGGUUCCGGAUCAGCCACAGGUUCAGGAUCAGCCACAGGUUCAGGAUCAGCCACAGGUUCCGGAUCAGCCACAGGUUCCUCAUCUACAACAGGUUCCGGAUCAACCACAGGUUCCUCAUCAACCACAGGUUCCGGAUCAACCACAGGAAGUGGAUCAACCACAGGUUCCGGAUCAACCACAGGAACUGGAUCUACCACAGGUUCCUCAUCUACAACAGGUUCCGGAUCAACCACAGGUUCCUCAUCAACCACAGGUUCCGGCUCAACCACUGGUUCCUCAUCAACCACAGGUUCCGGAUCAACCACAGGAAGUGGAUCAACCACAGGUUCCGGAUCAACCACAGGAACUGGAUCUAGCACAUCUUCCGGAUCAGGAACUGGAUCAACCACAUCUUCUGGAUCAACCACAGGCUCCGGAUCAACCACAGGCUCCUCAUCAAAUACAGGAUCCUCAUCAGCCACAGGUUCCGGAUCAGCUAACUCUGGUACAGGUUCAAAUAACGGCUAUGGAGAUGAAUAUACAAAGAUUUCAUCAACCAACGAAAGUAGCGAUUUCUCAGACGGCUCAGAAGACAGCUAUAAUCAGAAGAAAGUAGAAAAUGGCAAGACAAUCGAAGCUUCUGGCUCUAAAGUGGAAGAAUCAGAAGGUAACUCAGCCUCUUCAUCUUACUCAGAAGAGAGGAAGAACCGUGAUGGAUCCUACUCUAAGGUAGAGAAGAAAUCGUCGAAUGAUGCUGAGAGUAACAGUAGUGUAGCUGAUGAAAGCAAAUCGGAGACCAGCUCUGAUGGCUCUUUCCACUCUCAGAAGCAUCACCACGUCAGUCAUUCUUCAAAGAAGAGUAGCUCAGACAGUAGCUAUUCUUACUCGUCAAAUUAAAGAGUUAAAGGUACUUGAAGGCAAUGAUGAAUUGUAUUUUAGGUAGUAAGUUUUAGAAAUAUAGGUGAUGCAUUUGAA